GAUAGCAACCAAGAUCAUUACAUUCACUUUGACAUUCAAUUGAAGGAACCGUUAUAACUUCUGAGACUCCUAGUUGAUAAGAAUACAACACAACAAGAACCUUUUAAAAGGCUAUCAAAAUCGAGCCUUUCCUACAAUCAAAAAGAAUAAUAGAUUGAACAUGUUGAUGGAUUUGCUUAUCCCAUUCUCUAUGUUAUAUCUCUCGGUCUGUGCUUAUUUCGUUGGCUGGAUGUCAGGUCGCGUCUCUAAACAUUCGGAAUACCGAUGUCGGGUACGAGCAAAACUUUUCAACGAAAUAUUGAAGGCGCCCCCGGAGAAGCGAUUGAAAAAAAUGCUAGAUAUGUGCUUUUUUCUCGUAGCGGAGGACAGAAGUAGUCUUUUGAGUGAUGAUGUUCUUCCAGAAGUUUAUGAACAUCUCGAGAAUGAAAUGCAUAAGAAUAUGGUUGAGGGAGGGAUAUUGUGGGAUAGGUUACCGUCCGAUUCACGAAAGGACUAUAACACAAUGGUUUCGAAAGUUCAAAGGCACAUUGAGGAUUAUAGAGAAAGGGAGAGAGAAAAGGAGCAAGAGGAUAGAGAAAGGGAGCAAUACAAGCGUGAUUUGGAUGGAAUGGUAUUGAAGAAGGCGGCAGAAGUGAGGGAAAAGGUGGCGGAAGAUAUGGACCUAACGGGAGAUAUUGACCUCGAAAAAGGAGAAGAAAUGAAGCGACGGGAAAUAUCUAUCUUGAGACAGCAACUGAAACGAGAGUUUUUGCUAAGCUUCAUCUUGAAUAAGAGUAUAGAUUAAUAGCGAAAAGCAAUAUAUCUAAUACUCAUUCCUUGAAGUUUGAUAUUUGAUGCAUUACUCAAGCUAGGCGGUUUUUCAUAGUAACAACCCAUUCCAGUGUAUAUUAUCAACAAUAUCUGACUACUAUCAUUCA